GCACUUCCUGUUCUGGGCGUGCACACCGCCGCCGCCCCCCCUCCCACGCGCCUCCUUCCUCGCCCCUCGUCUUCCUCCUCGUCACUCCGUCGCUGGUGUUCGUGUUGACUGGCCAGAGUCCGCGAGCUCAACUCGGUUCCUCCGUCACCGCCGCACCUUCCUCCAGGCUCUGGACCGUUACAUCGCCACUUCCUCUUCCUCCUGCCACCGCUUCCUGGUUCGGCCGCUCGCCUCUGAAUGGCCAUGUCGUACCACAGCUUCCUGCUGGAGCCCAUCAGCUGCCACGCCUGGAACAAGGAGCGAAGCCAGGUCGCCAUCAGUCCCAACAACCAUGAGGUCCACAUCUACCAGAAGGACGGACCCAAGAUGACCAAGAUCCACGAGCUGAAGGAGCACAACGGGCAGGUGACAGGUAUCGACUGGGCCCCGGACAGCAACCGCAUCGUGACCUGCGGCGCCGACCGUAACGCCUACGUGUGGACGCUGAAGGACGGCGCCUGGAAGCCCACGCUGGUCAUCCUGCGCAUCAACCGCGCGGCUCGCUGCGUCAAGUGGUCGCCGCGGGAGAACAAGUUCGCGGUGGGCAGCGGCUCCCGCCUCAUCUCCAUCUGCUACUUCGAGCAGGAGAACGACUGGUGGGUGUGCAAACACAUCAAGAAGCCCAUCCGCUCCACCAUCCUGAGUCUGGACUGGCACCCCAACAACGUGCUGCUGGCCGCCGGCUGCUGCGACUUCAAGUGCAGGGUCUUCUCCGCCUACAUCAAGGAGGUGGAGGAGAAGCCCGGCCCGACCGCGUGGGGCGGCAAGAUGCCGUUUGGAGAGCUGAUGUUCGAGUCGGCCGGGGACGGCCAGGGUCCGGCCGCGGGCAGUGGCAGCGGCGGCGGCUGGGUGCACAGCGUCUGCUUCUCUCACUCAGGACACCGGCUGGCCUGGACCUCCCACGACUCCACGGUGUCGGUGGCCGAAGGAGGGAAGGGCGGCACAGUCUCCAGCCUGAGGUCCGAGACGCUUCCUCUGCUGUGCAUCACCUUCGUCACCGAGAACAGCCUGGUGGCUGCGGGUCACGACUGCUACCCGGUGCUGUUCGUCUUUGACGGAACCACGCGGGCUCUGACCUUCGGAGGCAAACUGGAGCUGCCCAAGCAGGCGGCCCAGAAGGGCCUCAGCGCCCGGGAGCGCUUCCAGAACCUGGACCGCCGGGCGUCCCAGAGCCAGAGCAGCGACAAGGACCUGAACACGCUUCACAAGAACAGCAUCAGUCAGAUCUCAGUGCUGGAGGGCGGACGCAACCAGUGCAGCAAGUUCUGCACCACUGGGAUGGACGGGGCCAUGGGCCUGUGGGACGUCAAGGUGACACACACUUCAUCACCCUUUCCCCAGCCUUCACCGAACCCUCCAGAACCUGGACCAGGACCAGACUGGAUCCCAGUUAGAGUCACCUCCUUGUUUUAUUUUUCAGUCUUCAUCCUCAAAUUGAGACUCUGGAGUCAGCCAUGAAGAACCUGAAGAUCGUGUGAGGGCUCCAGCUCCUGCUCCGGCGGCCGCUCCCUGCUUGUGCUGGUCAUAAUCUUUCCCAAUAAACAGCUCCACAGCGCUG